CAUGGGAAAUCAGUAAUCAACACCUUGUCGUAGUUAAAGCAUUGCUAUCAGUCUUUGCUUGUUUAUUAAAAAAAUUAAUUUUUUGAAUAAAUAAGGUUGAAAGUACAAUUAUUUAAAUAUUUUAUAAUUUUACGACUCUAGAAGAUUGAUUUAUUCAAAUAUGAAUCAAUCACAAUCUUCUGACAAACGAACCGACGGACUUCCUGCACCCGUUUGGGAAAAUAAUACGACUCAAGUAAGGAUUGAAACCAACUAUGGACAAGCAGAACCACCACGUUUAAGCUGGUUUAAGGAUUCACAAAAAAAUAAACCACAAUCGAAUUCCUUAUCUGCAGCAUCUGUUAUUUUCGUUUCGGGUGGCAUGAGCUGGGCAUCAAGUAUUGGCUUUGGAGGAUUUACAGUAGGAUCGCACAUUCAAGUGUGUUGGUUUUUUGGUGUCAUAAUUGGAGCUUGUAUAUCCGCUAUCUUAGUUCAUAAGAUAAAAAGACGUUUAUUCGAUAUUGUUGCAUCGGUACUUGUAGUUUUAAAUGGAAUUAUAUUCAUUGUUAGCGAUAGCUAUACAGCACUUGUUUUUGCUCGUUAUUUCGAUGGCAUUGCGUUUGGAUUGACUUUAAUUUCAAUUAUUAUCGCUGGAUCAGAGCAAUCGGUAAAGAGAUUCCGAGGAAUGCACCUAACUGUUGAGCAAACAGGUCUUGUUUCUGGUGCAAUUAUAAAUAUAUUUGUCUUAAAUAAUAGUUGGAAUCCAUAUCCAAAUUUUUUUUAUGGAAUUCUCGCAACAUGUUUCGGUCUAGUAACUUUAAUUAGUACAUUCUUCCUUACCAUCGAAUCGCCAGUAUUUCAUCUACGCCAAAACAAUGACAAUGAAGCACUUAAUGUUUUACGCAGACUUCAGAAGCCUAAAAUUGUUACUGACGAGACGUAUUCAUUGUUGAAUGAGAGUAAAGCAUUAUUGAGAGAAGAUGAGAAUAGAGGAGAGUCUGCUAAUAUCUCCAACAGUUUAAUACCAAUGAUUAAGUUAAUUCUAUUCCGUUGCUUUGUAACAAUGUCUUCAUUUUUACCAAUGACAGCUUUAUUCUACUCAGCAAUUAUUAUGGCUACGUUUCCUAAUCUUGGGAACUACACUGUUAGUUACUAUUCUUAUUUGUACAUACUAAUGCGCAUGAUUGGAGUCGUAAUUUCAAUAUUUUCCUUGGACACUAUUGGGCGCAAGUUACCCAGUACAAUUGCAGUACUUGGUGGUGGUAUACUUCUUAUUGUAAUUGGCAUUUUAGAUUUAAACACUUUUAAUAAGAAUAACGCAAAUAUAACGUUAUACUUGAUUAUGUUCUAUCAGUUAUUCUCUGGAGCUAUGGCUUCAGCAAGUACCUGCUAUUUAUCUGAGGCUUUUUCUGUAUCGGUUAAACCUUAUUUCAUUUGUGCUGUAAUUUUGUGUGAAAAUCUUCUUCAAAUCAUCGUUUGUUGUACGAUAUCAAAUUUAAACGUUACAACAUUUAGUUACACUUUGGGAAUAAUGCAAAUUAUUUAUGCAAUUGUUUUCUAUAUUACAAUGCCAGAAACUAGGCAAACCACUUUGCGCAAUGCCUUGAAAAUGUUUGAACCUAUAUUUCCUGGAAGAAGUUAAAUUAUUAUUAUUUUUAUAGUAAUUGUGUAACGAAUUUUUUUUAUUAAAGUUUUUAUUUAAGUUAAAAUAAAAUGUUGUUUGUUUCGUUA